AACGACGACGUAUCUGUUUCCUUCGUCAAAACGACGGACUUUUAUUUGUAUUUUACUUCAAAUUCUCUUUCCGAAGGAUCAAGCUUAAAGCCUUUUCCUUUUCCCAAAACAAUGGAAGAGUCUCAGGAGAUUUUACUAAACUCUUUACGGAGUUUGGGAGUUUCGAUCCCAGAAAGCGUUUCGUCGUUUAACGACUUAACCCCGACAACGUUGAUUUCCAUCUGCUCCCAAUCACUUAACCUCCUCGGAAACAACAAAGGCGGUGAUGACAACGACAUGUCGUUUCCCAAUUCAGUUGAAGAUUCUGUCUCAAUGGCUGACAAGUUCAAGAUCUGUUCGAUCAUCUCUUUGACUUUUAAGAAUCUGGGUUAUGUUGGUGACAUGAACUAUUACAAGUUCUUGCAUCCAUCAGAAGAGGAAUUGUACAAGUUGGUAAGGUUUUUGGUGGAGAGGCUUUCUGGUUCAUCUGAAGCUGUAAAAUUCUCUGGGAAAAAGAAUGUUGGUUUGAGACAGAAAAUCAAGGAGGAUAACUUUAAGAAAGUUUCGAAGUCCUUUACUCAGAAGCCUAAUAAUGAAGAGGUAGAUCAAAAUCUUCAAAAAGUUGAAGCAAUCUUGAAAGAUCUUAGAGUAGAUGAAUUGUUGGAAUCAUCCAAUUUCAAGACCGAUGAUGCACCUAUCAGUGACCCCCUUAGGGUGAAUGAUAUCCCACAGAAUGAGCUACUUAAUGAGUCAACAACAGAAGUUGUGGAUUCAAGAAGUGGUGCAUCUGAAAAUGAAGAAACUGCAGAUCAGAAAGAUGAUGAACCUGUUUCAGCUUCUCCCAAAGAGCAAUAUUCCGAGAUACAAUAUGAAGCAGAAAAUUUGCUAUCUCAAGAAAAAGUGCUGAAGGAGGAACUGGGAGCAAAUACUUUACAAGUGCAGCAUCUUGAGGAAGAGCUUGGAUUGUGGAGGGCAGCAGCAGAUAUGGCAUUUGACGAAAGUCAUCCUAUGGACUUUUUCUUGGAGCAACUUAAUGAGCAACUUGAUGCUAAAAAGCAUGAUAUUCAGGAAUUGGAGUUGCAGUGGGAUGCUUUCCAAGAACCUAUUGAAGAGAAAAUAAGAAGUCUUGAGGAAAGACUAUAUGCAUACAAUUCGGAACCUCGAGAGAAACUCCAAAAGUUUAGAGAAAUUGAGCUAGAAAUGCAGUUUACCUUAUCUGAAAUUAGAAAAAGGGAGGAGGAACACUUGAAACUUGCAGCAGACCUCAAGAAGCGGCCCAAAGUGGCAUCUAGGAGAUCCUAUAUUGAGAGGAUAAAGGAGAUCACAAAAAAUAGUGGAAAACUAGACACUGACAUUGAACGCAUCUUAAGAGAAACUAGGGAGCUGCAGUUAGAAAGCAAUUCCAUUCAGGAGAGCCUUCAUCGCACCUAUGCUGUUGUCAAUGAAACUGUUUUAAGGGAAGCAAAAAAAGACACAGUUGGGCGACAGGCUUAUAGGCUACUUACUAGCAUACAUGAGAGGUUUGAGCAAAUCUCCGAGAAAAUUCUCGCUACUGAUAGAAUUCGAAGAGAAAUGGCCGACCGUGAAAAGAAACUAGCAACCAUGGCUUCCCGAAGCUUAAAUGUAGACAAGCAACAAGCUGAUCUUGACGCCAUUUUGAAGGAAAAUGAAUACCUGGAGCAGCAACUUCAAGACAAUUGACCCAGUAACUCAUCAGUAGAAUCCAUUCUUUCUAUUGAAGGUCCUUUUUCUCUUUGGUUGUAAUCAAAUCUGAGUUUGAAACUUUGAAUCCAGACACAAAAAGUUGUAUUCAUUAUAAAGUAUGAAAAAUAAAAAUUGCAACUAUGACAACCAUUGUUCCGUUUGUUUGGAUUCUUUAGUCUUUACGAAAUUUGAAUGGAUUUGUUAAACAAAUUGUAAGUCAAAAAACAGUGAGGCUACCAGCCUGAUUGAAACUGUAUUAUAUUCAAGACUGGUAGUAAAUAUCAUGCCCCAUUGACAUCUAAA